CAUACAUAAAUUCUGACCAAGGCUUUUGCCUCACAUAGUAACAUAUUGAGGUAGAAUACUCUUACUUGGUGUUCAUUUUUAUUGAUAUAAUAAUACUAAAUGUAAAGCUUUAUAAUCAGGAGACGGUACCCCGUCCUGGCCCUCCCACGUUGUGUACCCGGUAAAGGACCAUAUAUAUCAUCAUGUGUAUAUAUAGCAUUCUGCUGCAGAGCAGGUGCCCGCCGCCCACACACACACAUCUCCUCAUCCUAACCAGCCCUUCACAGCGCACAUCGCUUCGCUUCCAGACAUGAUCUUAGAUGUACAGUUCGCGACAGGAAUUACAGUCAGCUCUCUAAAAUGAUUUAGCGAGUUUGUUGAGAGCCCACUGCUCUACUCUCAGGGAUUCUCUUCUUGGAAUCUUCUCUGUCUACAGGCCAGCUUGCAUUCCUGAACCCUCCCUGUACAAAUCAUACACCAUCUUUUCUGCCAUGAAAGGCCUCUCCAGUAGCCAGAGCCAUCAUCACCUGGUCUCCUAUGACCAGUCAGAAGCGCCGCUGGGUCAUCACCACCAUGACCGCAAGUUGUAUUUGUUCAGCCAGAUGGACAUGUCAACACCCCUUCCCGUUCAGUUUCCCCACCCAGCCGAGAUUCCGUACCAUAAUUCCCACCAUACUUUGCAACAUUGUGACAGCGGCAGCCUAAUUCCAUAUGGAACCUACCCAAGGAGGUGCCUCUCAACUUCAUCUUCUCACAACCCUGAGGUAAAAGAUGAAGUGAUGGCUGUGGUGCCAUAUGUAGGCCGAGGUGGAGGAGGUAAAUGGAGUAAAAACCCAGCCAGGGCAUCAACCAAUUUGGAGCGGUCCGAGUGCCAGUCAGCAUUUCCGAGGGAUGGCUAUCAUACACUGCAGUACAAACAUAUGUCAGGACCCACUGUGGGAAUCGGGUCUAACAGCAACAACAACGACAGCCCCGGAAGAAUCCGUCAUUUGGUCCAUUCAGUCCAGAAACUUUUUACCAAGUCCCACUCAUUGGAGGGCUCACACCAGUCAACAUCCCCAAAAGGGGGAAAUCAUGGGAACAUGAAUGGGGGAGGGGGUGUUGGUUGCAGAGUUGUAAGGACGAGCCGAGAGAGGGAAAGUCCAUCAGUGGGAGGACACCAACGGAAGCACAGUAAAAGUCAUGAACGCUGCAGAUCAGCAGAGCCCAAACAUCGUAGCCACCAUCAACACCACCACCAGCUCCAUGGCUCAGCAUCGGCACCUGGAUCAGGGUACUGGAGCUCUGAUGACAACCUAGAGCGGGACCUGUGCCUCUACAAACCCCUCCACCACCACCAUCAACACCCCUCUCCGCCGUCACCCUCCCCCUCGCCAAUGGUCAUGACAAUGGCAUGCCAUCCUAACAGCAACUCUGUCCUAAAUUCCUCCCUUUCCAACUCCCAAACUCAGCAGUACUUCAUGAUAGACCAUUAUGGAAAGCUCAAUGAGCAUAUACACCAUGGCCAUUCACACCAUCUCAAUGGUAUGUUUAAAUCCUCCAUGAGAAACCAUGAUGGCAACCCAGUCGCUAACAGCAGCAGCAACAGUGGCAUCGCAGAAGGAACACGCAGUGCCUUGCUCUCUUUGGGUCCUGCAGAAGCACCAGGGGUGAAGAAAGGUGCAUGGUCAUCAAGCCUAAUGGUGAGCAGGACCCAAGGGUUUGACAACCGCAACAUUUCCAGUCAGCCAUGUACAGCCGGCGCAGCAUCUGUUAACCUUAACCUAGAUAGAACGCUAGUCGAUUCAAAUGGCGGUCAGCAACAGGACCCGACUUGCCAUUUCCUACAGGUGCCACAGGAUGAAUGGAGCCCGUUCUCCCCGAUGGGUGAAGAGGAUGAUAUACCCUGCAGGCGGAUGCGGAGUGGCAGCUAUGUAAAGGCCAUGGCUGACGACAGUUGUGAUGACAGUGGAGACUCGGAUGGAAGCCCAAAGCUGUCCCCCAAGAUGCAGGCACGUCGGGCAAGCUAUCUGAAAGCCACGCAACCCUCGCUUACGGAGAUGACCACACUACAAAUUUCAACUGAGCACUCACCAAAGCUGCAGAUUCGGAGCCACAGCUACUUGCGGGCAGUGAGUGAGGUUUCAAUCAACAGAAGUGUAGACACUCUGGAUCCCAAAACCCUCCUCAACCCUAAAAUGCUGCUGUCGUCGCCACAAUAUCGCUCACGCAAUGAAAGCUACAUGAGAGCCAUGAGCACCAUCAGUCAGGUCAGUGAGCUGGAGGUGAAUGGGCAGAUCGAGCAGGUAUGUGAACAGGUCUUCAGGGAGAUGCAGUCCCAGGCUGUCGAGGCCAUGCCCAUGGAGUCACUGGAGUCCUUGCCCAUUCCGGGCAGUUUCCGGAUGCGCAGCCACAGCUACGUGCGGGCCAUGGAUCAGGGCUGCUCCCGGGAUGAGGAAGAGGAGGACGAGGGCAGUCGUUCUCUUCUACUACAUCCUGCCUCACCACCACGCACCACUGCCACUACAGUCAGGACCAUCCAGAGCAGCACAGUUUCAUCAUGUAUUACCACCUACAAGAAAACGCCUCCUCCAGUGCCACCCAGAACUUCAACAUGUUCAGUGACCUCCAAACCCUACAUCUCCAUUACAGCUCAGAGCAGCACAGAGUCAGCACAGGACGCCUACAUGGAGGAGAAAGGGCAAUCAGGCGACAUGAUCAUACAAUCCAGAUUAAGUAAUUCCACAGAGAGUAUUGACAGCAUGAAGGCCUUGACAGCAGCAAUUGAUGCUGCAAAUGCUCAGGUCCAUGGUCCUUCCAGCCAGCAUGUUAUCCAAAGCACUAUCACUGCAAGCCAUCCUUCCACCACAGCAUUGAACAGGGCCUGGAUUGCUAAUAACUACCAAGAUGAAUACAGUGAGAAUGUACACACCAAGAAGGAAGCCAUCGUGGGCGGGAAGUGUCUCUCCAUUGGGAUUCAGGUGGAUGGCCCUGAAGAAUGUCAGGAUUCAGAGAACCCGUCAACAUUUACCUCCAUAGGGGUCCAGGUCGAGAACGACAGGGGGCAUCGCCGUAUUCAUCGCUCUAACAGUGUAACAGCAGCAGUGCAGACAGAUCUGGACUCACCAGACUUGGUGGAAACUCCUCAUCCUCAAUCCUCUAUCAACAUGGUCUUCACAUCCUCCGGCUCUCUCUCCGACCAGUACUCCCGGGAUGCUGCUUCCUCAACGGUCAGCAUUCAGGGUUCAGGGAACCACUACCAUGCUUGUGCUUCAGAUGACUAUGACGAUGUGGGCUUUGACCCAUCUAUCCUGCCCCCACCUGACCCCUGGAUAGACAGCGUGGCCGAUGAUCCAAUGCAGGUGAAUUUUGUCAGGUGUUCUUUCAUGGUGGUUGUCCAGCGAUCAGUUUGUCAGAGGGAUGGGCACUGGUUCCUGAAGCUUCUCCAGGCAGAAACCGACCGUAUGGAGGGCUGGUGUCGACAGAUGGAACUGGACCAACAGGCAAAUUACCUGACAAAUGACAUGCUGGGUAAAGUAAGAAGCGCAGUAGGAAGUGCCAAGCUGCUAAUGUCACAGAAGUUUCAGCAGUUCAGGAAGCUGUGCGAGGAGAAUCUGAACCCCAAUGCUCAUCCAAAGCCAAUGUCCUCCGACCUGGCUGGCUUCUGGGACAUGCUCCAGCUCUCCAUUGAGAAUAUCAGCCUUAAGUUUGAUGAGUUGCUCCAGAUCAGGGCUAACAACUGGAGGCCUUUGGACCCGCCUGAGAGGAAGGAGAUAUGGCGCCCGCCACCAGUCCAGAAGAAGCCUCCAAAGGGGCCCCAACACCACCACCCCCCCCUGGCCAGAGACCGAUCCCUGGAGAGCUCUGAGAAGCAGAAGCAGGAGGCACGGAAGCGCCUUAUGGCCGUCAAGCGAGCGGCCUCUGUGCGGCAGAACUCUGCAACUGAGAGCGCCGACAGCAUCGAGAUCUACAUCCCGGAGGCACAGACUAGACUAUGAGGAGAGAAUGGAUUGGCACUCGAUGCUGUCACACACUAACACACAGGCCUCAGUUACACCUACACAGCUACACUUACAAUGGCAUGUGAUCGGCUAUGCUAGUUCAGAACACAGACCUCACAUCCAGACGUUUACACUAAAAUCCUAAAUUGAAUGUUUUUAAAACCUGGUUAGUUUUUCUAACCGUUAAUGCUAUUUAACAAUUAUUCCCCAAAGCUGAGGUGAAUAAUUGUUUUAGUAUAUACUACACGUGAACACUUAACUCAACUACAAAUAAACAAGAUAACACUUUUUGCUGGGAUUUAUUUGUUUUUAUUAGCGGUUUAUUUGUUUCUAUUAGCCUGACGAGACGACCAUCACGUGCACUAUUUUGCGAUGAAAACAAUAUCUCGAGUUUGAGAUCUCAAUCAUGGGAUAUUGUAACCAGACUCUUGCCAGAUGAAUUUCAUUCAACCUAGCUCCACUCAUCCAUCUGGGAUCAAUCCAUUGGAGAGGUGUUUAAGAAGGCUGGGCCUUAUCAAAAAUCCUUGCAUAUGAUUGGAUAAACCACUAGUCCGUCAUCUUUAUUGAUGUGCUACUUCAACCACUCACAUCAAAACCAACCUAUGAUGCUGAUGAGAGCGACGCAGCCCUUCUCUGAUGUUCUUUUAAAGAAAGAAUAUUCGCUAGAUUGGACAACAUUGAUGAAAUAGCAGCAUCAAUGUUGACGCUUGCUUCCUUGACGCGUGCCGCAAUUGUCGUCUGAAUCAAAAAAACCAUAACCUCUACCAUUCGAUCUGGUCCCCAAAUCCCGCUCAACGGGAGCGAUCCCAGAUGGAUGAGUGGAGCUAGUUGGAACGAAAUUCACCUGGCAAGAGUCAGAUUAGGGAUAUUGCCCAAUACCCCGAGAUAGCGAACCAAUCAAAUUGCGCCAUCUUAGGAGGUUCACGUGUAGCAUAUACUAAUAUGUAUUAUCAGAUCACAAAGGUAAAAUAUAAACAAGUGGAAUUGAGACCGCAAAUUUCGGGAACAUGCCUCUGCAUUUGCAAACUUUGCAUACUGCAUACACAUGUUUCAGCCUUUACGCAAACAAAUAAAUGGAUUACAUUGCAUAAAUAACAUACACACUAUGACUACAUACUACACAGACCGAAAGAAAAACACAUCUUCAAAUAUUGGACCAACAUGUUACACUGGUCCACACACUUAAACACCACUUGUACACUAAAUUACUAUUGUUUUAGAGCCAUAUGAACACUAUUAAUAUAGUGAAGAAAAAAUAGAGGUAGAUGUUUUUACAAUUGAUUCUUCUCUAUAUUUAAGUCUUAAUCUCUUCCCACAUUCUUCUCCUCCCCAUAAUGUCCUUAAAAAAACUUUCCUAACAUUUUCCUUACAUUACGCUUUCUUAACACUACCCAUUAUUGUUACCCUCACCAUAUAUUAUUGAAAGUCAUAGAUCAUUUUGAAUGUUCAGUUACAAUAAACAAAAGUUCAGUUUUGUAAAUGUAAUUUAUUGGCGUUUCUUUAUCACAGUAAUUUGGCUAAAUACUAGGUUGCACACUAGCAAUAUUAAUUGACCAUGAGAUGGUACUGAUUAUAUGGGACAGAUAGGAUCUUAUAACUAUUAGCAAAAGGGAGUGAAUGAUAUGGAUGUGGUUUUCCUACAGUUUGUUAAUGGUUGGCUGGUCUGUCAGCGUUGUACCACUACAAUGAUAUACUCAUUAACUAGUAUGCCAUCAAUUGUUUUUAUAUUAAUUAUGGUUUACUUUUUAUGGCCUGGUCUGCUUCCUCGAAAUGACACUUGUUACAUAUAGUUUGGGUUUUAUUCUUUUCUGUUUGUGUAUAUUUUUUGUAUCUAUAAUGGUGUCUUUUUUUACAGGAUAUUGUGGAAAAGUGGAUGCCAUUGAUUUAAAUAUGAAACAAAUCAAAAUAAAUCAGCAAUAGGGAUUGGUGAGCUAAACAGAUUAAAUUAUGUGUAUACAAAAAUAUUGUUCAGUUGCUUUGAAGACGAGUCAUUUGUGCAUGAAUAUGUUAAUACGUGUAGAUAGGGUGAUAAUGUUACUUAGAAUUGUGUUACCCAUGGUAAAAAAAACAAUGAAAAUAAAGGGGACAAUGAGCCAUAAGUCUUAGUCUGAAAUAUCACUAUCAAUAAAACGGCAUAAACAAAUAUUCCUAAAAACGUCUCAGUAAAAACUGAAGUUGAUUCAGCAGAGGCAGCCGCUGAUUACACUACAUGUGCCAGCCGCAUUCCACAUCUCUUGAGGCAUGGGUGGUUGAACUAGAGAAAUGUAUACACACAUACAUGCAGAUAGGCCUACUCAACAAAAAUUGAUAGAAAUCAUUCAUUUAGACUCUUAGACCCAAUGGAAUACCAUUCAUCCAUCAGACAAUUCAUUCAAUUUUAAAUGAAUACGUUUCAAAUUUGACUCCAUGCAGAGGAAAUUAGUUAAAUUCCUCAAUUCUUUCUGAACAACGCUUGCUUAAGUAAUUACCAAAUUGCUUUGGUAGAUUAUUAAACUUCCGAGCCCUCUUCUCAUUUCAUUUAUUUGAAUUGAAGCUUC